GAACCAAACAUCCGGCGGAGCGAGUUCCCAGCCGGAGCCGGACUGCCCGCCGGAAGUGCCCGGCGGAGGCUUCUGCCGGAUGUGCGCGGCCCAGGGAGCCGUUGGGGUCCGGGCUCGGCGGGAUGGUCCGGAGCCGCUCCAGGUCCCCCCCGCGGAGGGAACGUAGGCGCUCUCGUUCUGCUUCCCGGGAGAGGGAGAGGAGGCGACGGGAGCGUUCGAGGUCCCGGGAGAGGGACAGGAGGAGGAGUCGUUCCCGUUCCCCGCAUAGGAGGCGAUCCAGGUCCCCGAGACGUCACAGAUCCAGCUCUUCUUCCCCGUCCCGGCAGAAGGAAAGGCGAGACGAUGAAAAGAAAGAAAACAAAGAUGCCAAAAGCAAAGAGCAUCAGAUCACCGAAGAAGAUAUGGAAGGCAAAACAGAGGAGGAAAUUGAAAUGAUGAAAACAAUGGGCUUUGGAUCCUUUGACACAACAAAAGGGAAGAAAGUGGAUGGCUCUGUAAAUGCCUAUGCUAUAAACGUGUCACAGAAGAGAAAGUACAGGCAGUACAUGAACAGAAAAGGUGGAUUCAACAGACCGUUGGAUUUUAUUGCUUGAUGUCUAGUCUUGUUACCUGUGAAGAAUGACAUCUGGAGCACGAAUAGUUAACAUUUUAUUGUCUCGCUGUGACUUGUGUGUGCUGGGGUCUCCGAGCCAGGAACUCAGCUUCUCACUGUAAAAAGAAAUCAGCUUAUUUAUGAGAGCCCAGAAACGUUUGCUUUGUCUUCGAGGAAGAGAGGGUAAAAAUGAUGCUUUUUCGAAAUGUUGGGAUUUGAAUAUGUUCAGGCCUGUUUUGUUCCCUGUCAGGACUUUCCUGUUAGAUGUAUUAUUUUUCAUUUCUUCCCUGAGUUUUUUAAAAUAACAAAAUAUUGUCAGUUACAAUAAAAACCAGUAUAUAUUUACCCCCACCCCAUAGUUUAAAAUAUGAUGGCGUUGCUCAGGAAUAAAGCACCAGAGAGGAGGCGCUUGGAGAUGUCUGGGCAAUUUAUUUGCCUGUCAAACAGAGGGAUAAAUCACUGUGAAGAUAAAUCUGGUUGAGGGUUUAAAACAGAAACAGAAUUAUUUUGAAAGUGUGCUCAUGGGAGAAUGUUGAAAGAGAAUUGUUUUCCUAAUUUUAAGAUCCCCCCCCCCCUUACUUUUCACAUAUCCCUUUCCUUACUAGAUAAUAAUCAAAGUUGUCAAGAACUACCGAGUAGGAUAGUAUAGCAUAGUGUCAAAGGGUUGCAGUUUACUUGCUGUUUGGCUUGGAAAAACGUAAUAUUCCUCAGUUUUCAUAUUUGUUUACAGAUUUGUUACUUAAAAUUCUUCUUGAGGCUGAUUCUUCUGUGAGCAAAGUUUGGAGGUAAAUCUGGGUUAUAUUAAAGACCCAGAGGUGAAACA